AUGUUCGAAUUACCAGCUACGCAGAAUAGCAGGCGAAUACGAACCAUACGAAAACUGCGAUACCAGUAUAUCAAUGCUUUAAACAGGGAAUAUAGAAAGGUUCGGCCAAACUUUUCUCCUAGUGCUGCGCUUCCGACUCCCGAAAAUUCUGCGGCUGAGGAAGUCAGCGAUGUUGACGGUACUAGCGCUUCGACUGCAAGCAUUAGACGGAAGCGACGCAGGAAGAGGCUGCUCACUAUUUUGGGACUUGCCGGAGAUUCGGAUUCGGAGCUUUCGGAUAGUGCUUUAUCGGAAGACUUGCAUGAUGUUGAAGAUGAUAGUGAAGCGCAUAAACAUCACCACCGUUACCACUACGACACUGAAAAAGAGUUCUACUCGCGCCAUGAAAAACCUCAAGACACUUUUGAAGUCUGGAACACUGAUAGGAGCAGAGCGAGCCCUAUGAAUUGCCACAGUAUGUCCUAUACAGAUUGUAAACGCAUUGAGAGAGUUGCCAAUCGAAGGGUCCUAGCCAAAAACACACAUCUCGCACAACCCACCAAAUUGAGCUACUUUGCCAUGAGAAAUGGUCUCGAUGUUGAUGCCGGACCGUCAACAGCUUUUCGCGAUAUCCAUAUUCAUCAUCUUUCUGAGCUUUUACAUCUUAAUGUCAUGGACGGCAACUGGGAAAGAGCGUACAAGUGCUUUACAAUUUUGAUUCGUCUACCUGGUAUUGACGUCAGAAGCAUGUGGGGAAUUGGGGUACGAAUACUUCGCGCAUUGUCUCCCCGUGAUGAAUCGUUGGGGACUAGCGAAGAGUUUUUGAGUUGGCUCAGUGGCGUUUACACAUUCAAAAGCAAUUUCAACCAAAGUAUGAACUUUUCGUUGGAUCCAGUUUUCAGGUCAGGAUCUAAAACCCAUGCAGCAAAAUUUGUAAUAACUUCUCUAUGGGAAGCACUGUUCGCACUGAUUGCCCAUGACGAUUCAGACUACACCAAGCAUAGCAAGACAAUGGAUCAUCAGUUGCUCCAAUUGAUUGAACGAAUUUCAGAGAUGGUUUUGGUGCCCCCUUACAUAGAGGAUCCAGAAGUGUGGUACAUCAACUCUAUAUGCCAUUUAAUACGCGCUGAUACAUUGUCUGAACGGUUUGUGUCAACUGACAGUGUAAGCUUAACUGGUUUGGAGAAAGAUAUCGCAAGAAAUCAGGUCACACAGCACCUCACGCAUGCACAAAGCUGUAUUAAAACUUGUAAUUCUAAGGACAAUGGGUUUUACUUUCCUUACCGCAGCAUACAAGAGCAACUGGCCCUAUUUGAGAAAAGACUUUACAUCGGCCAAACUGGGACGGGACUUCCUGUAGAUUAUGGCCCCGGUGGUGCGGAGACCUUAAUUCGCUCACCGUUCAGCUUGGAUACCCAAGGGAUUGAAGCAGUGGAAACUUCGUCCUUAGAAAACGAAGACGAGGAAGACUUCUUUGGUAGAACUGAAAGGGUUCACUUUGGUUUUGAUUCCGACAGCAGCAACAGUUAA